AUGUCUUGCUACGACCUGUGCCCACCGAAAACCAGCGUCGCCGUCCCGCAGCCCAUCGCUGACAGCUGCAACGAGCUGUGCGCCCGGCAGUGCCCCGACUCAACGGCCUUCAUCCAGCCGCCCCCCGUCGUCGUCACCUUCCCCGGCCCCAUCCUCAGCUCCUUCCCCCAGCAAGCCGUGGUGGGCUCCUCCGGAGCACCCGCCUUUGGGGGCUCCCUGGGGCUGGGGGGCCUCUACGGUGCCGGGGCCACGCUGGGCUCGGGGGGCCUCUGCACCUUUGGCAGACCCUACGCUUCUCCCAUUUCAGCCUUCUCCACGCUCAGCAGCAGGUACUGCAGCCCAUACUCCUCAUGCCAGCACAGCCAGUUCCUCCGCAGCAGCUGCGGGCCAUGCUAA